AUGGAUUGUGCUUUGAUCGACAUGGGAUAUAAGGGCAGUCCAUAUACAUGGUCGGAUUAUCAGACAAAGGAGCGACUAGAUCGUAGCCUCUGGACGGAUGAGUUGAGACGCCGGUUCGGUCACUCUACAACGACGCAUCUGCACCCCAGUUCUUCCGAUCACAGCCCUUUAUUGGUUGAAGUCUGCGCAUCUCCAAAUUUGCAGAAUGGAAGGAAGAAGAGGUUAUUCCGUUUUGAACAAUUCUGGGCACAACAUGCUUCAUGUGAGGGGGUAGUAAAAAAUGGGUGGCAAGGUCCUACAGAGGGUGACCCUAUGAGUAGGGUUUGCCAGAAAAUACGAAACACUGGUGCUAUUCUUAAUACUUGGCAGCGUAAUACCUUUCAGUUUCGUCAAGCGGAAAUGAGGGCAGUUAGGGCACGCUUGAACGAGCUGUUGGAGGCAACGUUUGAUCCUACUAUGAACCAGGAAAAACAGGAGUUGAAUGUUCGGUUACAGGAGCUCUUGACUCAAGAGGAGACAUUUUGGAGCCAACUUUCCAAAGAGAUGUGGUUAAAGUCGGGUGAUCGAAAUACAGCAUAUUUUCAUCGCAGAGCCUCAAAUAGGAGACAGCGAAACAUGAUAAAAGGCUUAUUCGAUGAGAAUGACAGGUGGGUGACGGAGGCCAAUCCCAUCGAAAAGGUUGUGAGUACUUAUUACCGAAACAUGUUUUCAACAGAGGGUACAAACGAAGUGGCUAUGAAUCUGAUUUUAGAUACAGUAAGUCCAAGGGUAACACACGAGAUGAAUCAAGAGCUUCUCAAGGAAUAUACUGAUGAAGAGAUUAGAGCUGUGGCUUUUCAAAUGCAUCCGUCCAAGUCACCUGGCCUCAAUGGAAUGUCUCCAUUUUUCUUCCAAAAUUAUUGGGAUACGGUAGGGAGUGAUGUUUGUACAUCGGUCCGAUCUUUCUUAACCUCUGGAGGUCCUAUUCGGGAGGUUAACUUUACUCAUAUAACGUUGAUCCCAAAAGUCAAAGAGCCAAAGUAUAUGACAGAUUUACGCCCGAUAGCUUUGUGUAAUGUUCUUUAUCGUAUUUGCUCGAAGGUUUUGGCAAAUAGAUUAAAAGGUUUGUUGGGGAGGGUGAUUUCGCCACUUCAGAGUGCCUUUGUUCCAGGCCGGUUGAUCUCCGAUAAUACUUUAGUGGCCACGGAGGUCGCUCAUUUUCUUCAUAAUGAACGACGGGAUUCUGCUGAACACUUUUCUUUGAAGUUGGAUAUUAGCAAGGCGUAUGAUAGGCUUGAAUGGAGUUUUCUUAAAAGUAUGCUUUUGAAGCUGGGAUUUGCUGAGUCUGGGGUGGAACUGAUGAUGAACAGUAUUAAAACAGUGAGUUAUUCGUUUCUUUUAAAUGGGGAGGUUCGGGGUUAUGUGAAGCCAACUAGGGGUAUCAGGCAGGGCGAUCCACUAUCUCCAUAUUUAUUCAUCUUGUGUGGAGAGGGUUUGACUUCCCUGAUUGAACACUUUGUGAAUCGUCGGUGGUUACAAGGUAUUCAAAUUAAUUCCCAUGCACCGGUUUUACAUCACCUACUCUUUGCAGAUGAUAGUUUUUUGUUUGGAACUGCAACUGAGGAAGAAUGCCAGCAGUUCCAAAAUAUUUUGCACACUUAUGAAAUUGCUUCAGGACAACGUGUAAAUCUGCAGAAGAGUGAAGUGGCUUUUAGUCGGGGAAUGGAUAUGCAGAGAAAAGAAUUUUUCGCGAGCAUGUUAGGAGUGAAGAGAGUUGAUAAACAUGACCGGUAUUUGGGGUUACCCACCCAUGUAGGCAAGAAAAAAUCAGCUACUUUUGGUUACUUGAAGGAAAAACUCACGAAGAAGGUGGUGAGUUUGAGAGCGAAGUUGCUUAGUGGAGCGGGCAAGGAAAUUUUAAUAAAAGCAGUGGGGCAGUCUGUCCCAAUGUAUGUGAUGAAUUGCUACAAGUUGCCAAUAGGUCUAUGUGAUGAUUUACACCACUUGUGUGCAGGAUUUUGGUGGGGUGACUCGGAUGAGGAAAAUAAAAUUCAUUGGAGGUCAUGGGAGAAGUUGUAUUUGUCGAAACAGGAUGGUGGUAUGGGAUUUAAAAAUCUACACUGGUUCAACUUAGCUAUGCUUGCAAAACAAAGUUGGAGAUUACUUCAGAAUCCAGGAUCUCUUAUUGCAAGUUUGUACAAGGCCAUUUACUUCCCAAAUUGUGAGUAUGAGUAUGCUGAGUUGGGGAGUUCUCCUUCUUUCUCUUGGCGUAGUAUAUGGGAAGCAAGACAAAUUCUAUUUCGGGGGCUUAGAUGGCAGAUUGGCGAUGGGACUAGAGUAGAGAUAUGGAAGCAUAAUUGGAUUCCUGACACGUAUCCCCGCUGUCCAUCCUCUCCACCCUCUCAGGAUGCUCCUAGAUUUGUUUCGGAGCUUAUUGAUCCUAUUACUCGGGUGUGGGACGUAGACAUUAUUCAAAGGCAUUUUACCCAGACAGAUAUAGAGUUGAUCCUCAGCAUACCUUUAAGCCAGAUUCCACGAGGUGACACAUUAGUUUGGCACUUUAAUAAAAAAGGUUAUUUUACAACAAAUAGUGCAUAUUUUGUAGCCAAAGACUUGGCACUUGGUCUGGUCCUUGCGCCUAAACCUCCUAUAGAUCCUUUGAGGGUAAUCUGGAAGGCAAUUUGGAGUGCGAAAGUGCCUGGUAAUAAGGUGGCUCUGCAUGCAUGGCGGUUGGUAAGUAAUAUUCUUCCAACUCGAGUCCGGCUUAGUACUAAAGGCUAUACUGGUACGUUGAAUUGCAAUUUGUGUGCCCAUGAUUAUGAGGACAGCUUACAUUUGUUUAUCACUUGCCCUCAUGCAAAUGAGGUAUGGACUAGAGCGGGUAUGAGCGGGCCGGGGUUGGGUUUUGAUUCCUUUCACGAGUGGUUUCUUGCAUUCAUACCCACUCUAACUCAAGAAGAGCUGAAUAAGGUGUUGAUGUUACUUUGGGGGAUAUGGAGGAAUAGAAAUGCUCAAUGCACAAAGAAGAAGUCAAUCCCUGCACGUUGGGUUGCUCCACUUACAGGUAGGUACAAGAUGAACUGUGACGGAGCAUAUCAAGCCUCCUCUAGACGAGGUGGAGUGGGUUGUGUGCUGCGUAAUGAUGGGGGUAGUUUCAUAGCGGGACAGAUGAAGCCAUAUGGGCUACUCACUUCACCUUUUCACACGGAACUACUGGCUCUCCGGGAUAGUAUUCUCUUAGCCCGGUCUUUGCACCAUGACGAGGUAACUUUCGAAAGUGACUGCUCACUUUUGGUCAAAGCUAUCACCUCACCUUCUCAAGAUCUAUCCACUAUGAAUAUAUUGAUUGAAGAGGUCAGGCAACUGCUGCAAGCAUGUGAUAAUAACUACCUCCAGCAUUUCUGCAAAAACGCCACCAGUAACACCGCAAAAUCCUUCCAAUUCCAUCGCGAUCAAGUGCUGUCGACCCUUGUCUCUAACGGCACCCGUGACAAUAGCUUUUAUAAUGCCACUGCUGGUGGACAAAUAUCAGACGAGACUGUCUACGGACUCUUCCUCUGCUGCGGUGAUCUAUCCAAAGAUGCUUGCAGUGAGUGCGUAGCUGCUGUAGCCUCGGAUGUUGUUGAACGCUGCCCAAUCGGGAAAGAGGUGGUUAUAUGGUAUGACUACUGCAUGAUACGCUACUCUGACUAUUCAUUCUUUUCUAUUGAUGAGGAGUCGCCUUGGGUGUUAAUGUGGAACAAGGAGAAUGUUACGCAGGAAGGGGAUGCAUUUGUAGCAUCCUUUAACUACGUAGUGGGACUUACUAUGAAUAGGUUAGUACAAAAGGUUACCAGCGCCACAAAAAAGUUUGCGACCCAAGAAUCGAACAUCACAGCGUCAAAUGGAAAGCUGAUGUACAGCCUUGGACAGUGCAGGCAGGAUCUGUCCACUGCAGAUUGCAAUAGAUGUCUUGGUAGAGUCAUAGCAAACCUUCCAAAUAUUGUUACAGGCAAAACAGGGGGGCGUUAUCUAUCAUCAAGUUGUAAUUUUAGGUUCGAUUUGGCACCCUUUUACACAUUACAGGCGCCAGUAGAAGAGGCUCUACCUCUUCCGCGAACACUUGAAGGUAAAAAGUAA